AUGGGAAAACCGCACCUAACAGCGGGGGGCAAAAUUAACCGAAGAGAAGGAACGGAGCCUGUUGUGGAGUCCCCACGUGUGUCGUAUGGACCUCCUCCCACGGAACUCUCCUUAGAAAACUUCCCAGCGAAGGGCAGUACUGGGUUUGCGGACAUCAACGACGAAGCUCAGUGCCAUCGUUUUUGUCGGCGCCAACAGCCCCGACGAAAGAACCCCAUGAUGAUGCCGAGGAAGAUCCGGAAAGUUCACCCUUCCAAGGAUUUCAUGCUUGAGGAAGCACCUCCUUUAGAGGGCUCGAUCAGCCUGCAACUGUGUUCCCAGUCGCUGGAGAAAGACAAAAUUUUAGGUGAAUGCUUUGAGAGUCAAACCAAUGGCAGCGGCAGAAGUAUGGCGGGGGAUGGGAUGCCUCUCAACGGCAGUUGCCGCCUCGUUUCUCCGCAUUCGUUUCCGAAGGAGAAACAAAGCGUUUUACUCUCUGAGGAAGGCAACCUCAUUGACGAGGCGCCAUGUGCAACUAAUAAUGCAUUCCCUGAAGUUCGUGAAUGCUCAUUUUGUGGUUACAUGUGUAUUGAUGAGAAAAUAAAACCAUCGGAAAACUGUUUUUCCAGAAAUAUAUUGAUUAAAGAGGAAACAGAAAGGUUUCCACCAUCUCCCACCAAAAGGAAUCAAGGGAAUAGGACUGCAGGUGAGCUGAUGCCCGCUCCUGUAGUAAUUCCCAUAAGGGAGUAUUGUGAUACCGAGGCGGUAUCGACAUUGUUGCACAGAGAGAAGAAGCAACCAGAGCAGCAGAAUGAAUAUGAGGAAGAAAAUCAAGAAAAAAAUCACAUACUGAGCGAAGAGAUACCUUCCGGUGACCAUUUACCGGCGCCGCAGGAAAGAAUAGGGCAAUUGCCAAAGAGCCUACAGUUAUCUGGCUCUGUGUUUGCUAAAUCGCAGACGAGUUUAGUAACAACGUUUGCACCUACAAAUAUGGGAAGAGGGGAUGGAGAUGGGGGGGAUUCGUUUUCCUUAUGGGGAAAUCAGCAGCAACACGGCAUCACAUCCACCGCCAUAAAAAAUGGCAAUGCAAUGUAUGAAUUGAAUGGUAGGUCAACCUCUUCUCUCUCUGAGCCGCCCACGUGCCAUCAGCAUCAUCAUCGCAGUUACAGCUUUACACCGGAGGUGAGCUCCUCGCUUAGUCAACUUGUGGAUGAACAAAUCGUGGCGUACCUUUCUCAAACGGCGGAAAAAAUGAUGUGGCGACGGCAGAAGCAAUUACGUUGCGUAUCUGAGUAUCUUACGGAGGCUAUUGCUCAUGAGGCGUGGCGUAAAGGUGUGCAAUACGGCGAGUUGCGAUAUUACGUAUUUGGAAGUGUUGCGACGUAUACUGUUUUACCAGACGGUGAUAAUGAUAUGACAUUUGAUGUUGAGGGACUUGUAAAUCCGACCAAGAUCAUUGAGCGAGAGGAGGCUCCUGUUAACUCUCAUGCUCGUGCAAUUAUGAGCAGAAGCGGUAGCAUUCGCAAUAAUAAUAAUGAUAAUAAUAAUCAUGAUACUGAUAGUAAUAGUAAUAGUAGUAAUAGUAAUAAUAAUAAUAAUAAUAAUAAUAAUAUGUCAUUAUCUCAAGCAGCUGCAAUUGCAGGUGGAGAGCUUCUUUCAAGUUUGGCCGAGUACUUGCGUGAAAACAACCCUCAUGUCUACGUUGAAGCCCUUGUAGUUGCGGAGGUUCGUGUCUUGAAGCUUGUUAUGGAAGGCAGUUGCUUUGAUAUUACUGUUGGCCAGCUGGGCGGUGUUGUGUGUGUUCGUUUUUUGCAGGAAAUGGAUAUGUUGAUAGGCUGUCAGCAUCUUUUAAAACGAACACUUUUGUUGUUGAAGGCUUGGUGUUGCUACGAGGCGCACAUACUUAGUGGACAAGGUGGGUACCUUUCUUCCUAUGCGGCCACUAUUAUGCUCAUAUCGAUGAUGAACACCGUGGAGUUUCUCGAAGACCUUGGCUCAGUGGAAGAAAGGGAGGAGGACGGCGAGGCGCAUUUGGGGUGUGAACCACAUGAGUCCUUAAAAAACAUUUCACCGCUUCAACUUUUUGCGCGUUUCCUGAAGUUUUUUAGUUUUUUUGAUUUUGAACAUUACUGUGUCACGGUGUUUGGCCCACUCCCAUGUGCUUGCCUUGAUGGAAAGCCGUUUGAUCUCAGUCAGCUAGAGGUUUUGGCGGGAAAAGGGGGAAAUUUGGGCGCCAUUCCCAAGUCUUCGAUGGGUGGGGAAGAGGAGACUGAUUUUAAGGAUCCCAUGGGUAUGGGGAUGUUGGGUCUUACUGCGGAGGGGCAGAGAGAGCUGGGGCACUGCAUUCGUCGUCGCGCUAAGCCACUUAUAACAGUAAAUUGGGUGAAACACAUUUUGCGUGAUGAACAUAUCCGUCGUCAGGAUGAACGAAAGAAUUCAAUUGGAUUGCACCGGGAAAUGGGAGGGAUGGAUGCAGGAUUCAAUAAUAUGGAGAAUAUUCCGGAGGAGACAGAGCAGAUGCGCCUUGAUUCUGGCGGAGGCGCGCAGGAAGACGCUACUUUGUUUUGCUCCAACUUUGAUACUACUCACUUCUCCCUCCGUACAAUGAAUGUGAUGGAUCCGUUACGAUGGAGUGCCAGUCUCUGCCGUGGGGUUAGUCGCAAUCACUUGCAACGUAUUCGCCGCGCUUUUCGAGAGGGCCUUGCUCUGUUUGAAAAGGGAUCCAUUGUACUUGGUGACACAUCCUUAUCCUCUUUGGCUGCGAAUAGUCAAUACAGUGAUGUCAGCUUUGAGAGAUCAUCUAGGACGUGUGAAAGCGUAGGCGUUGUCUCAGAUCCCGUGUGGGUGGCGACGGAGCAAAGACAUCGUUUUGACGCUAUCAACAGUGUGUUGAAGGAACUCUUUGGACAUACUUUGAUGGUGCUUCGCAAGCACAAUUCGGAGUGCUCGUCUUUAUCAGUGACUCCACGGCAAGUACGAUGCAAACGAUGCCCUCUUCCAUCUUUUUUUUGUGCAUCACAUUUAAGCCAGCUUUGUGAGUCGCCAUAUCUCCUUGCUCUUCAAGAAUCUGCGCAAAAAAGCGGAGAUGAGCGUGAUGAGGGCGGUUCGAACGCGCGCGGAACCAUUGGCGAGGUACAUGCUUUUACACCUGCCUUGGCAGUUUCGAGCCAACGGAAUUUUUACCCACACCAACAGCCGCAACGGCAACGGCAACUGAAUAUGCUGACGAAUUCAUUAUCCGUUGCGCCAACGCCGGGGCCAAUGCUGACUACAGUUUCUUCAAAGACUCAAAGUGAUUCUUUACGAUUUGCAAAUUCCGUAAAUGGGGUGAACUGGCAGGACUCCAACAAGCAUUUCAAUAGGGAUUCUUGUAUGAACCUGAUGGAUAUGCCGCAACACCCUGCCCGUGGGGCGCCACUGCUUCGAUAUCGUGUCAAAGGCAAUUCUUUAUUGAGGUUUCGGCCCCCAUCCUCAGCAGUUGCUGCAACUAAUUGCAAUUUGUGCUCUGCUGAAUCCGCUAGUUUUCAGUGUUAUCCGGAUUUUCCAACAUUAGGAACUCCGGGAACAAACUCUAUGACACCUAUCGAGCCCAAUGCGUUCGGCGGGGCUCCAAUGGACUUUGCGCCAUUACCACUGCCACCACCUCCACCAGUGUUUUCGUCCAUUUCUUCUAUCGACACCCGUUUUCAGACGAAUGCAUCUUCUCAGAAGAAAAAAAAUGUUUCCAGGCGGUGUGUAGCAACUCCUCCAAAUGUAGAUGGCUUCAGUGGUGGGGCAUACCACCACUUCAAUUUUUUAUCUGUAGGUGCCCUAACUCCGGUUUCAACAAAGGCCAACAAUGUACGUCUUUGA